UGUGUUCGGCCGGAAGAGAAUGAGGAGCGCUCCUUCUGUUUCCGGCGCUGUGAGAGCAGAGGAGUGAUUCACACAGCACAGAGAUGCAGGACCCGAACGCAGACACCGAGUGGAAUGACAUCCUCCGGAGGAAAGGUAUUCUGCCUCCUAAAGAAACACCGAAGGAGGAGGAGGAGGACGAGCAGCUUCAUCAGCCUCAGUCUGUUGUGAAGACUUAUGAGAGCAUGACUCUAGAGGAGCUGGAGGAAAAUGAAGAUGAGUUUAGUGAUGAGGAUGAACUCGCCAUGGAGAUGUACAGACAGAAGAGGCUUGCCGAGUGGAAAGCGAACCAGAUAAAGAACGCGUUUGGGGAGUUGAAUGAGAUCUCGGGUCAGGAUUACGUGAAGGAAGUGAACGAAGCUGGAGCCGGAAUCUGGGUGGUGCUUCACCUCUACAAACCGGGGAUCCCGUUGUGUACGCUGAUAAACCAGCAUCUGGCACAUCUGGCACACAAGUUUCCUCAAACCAAGUUCAUCAAAUCUAUUUCCACCACCUGCAUUCCCAACUACCCCGACCGCAACCUGCCCACGCUGUUCAUCUACUACGAGGGCGAGAUGAAGGCCCAGUUCAUCGGCCCGCUGGUUUUCGGAGGCAUGAACCUGAAGUGUGACGAGCUGGAGUGGCGUUUAUCUGAGACCGGUGCUGUGAAGACCGACCUGGAGGAAAACCCCAGAAAACAGAUCCAGGAUCAGAUGAUGACGUCCAUCCGCUGCUCGGCGCCGAUCCGCACAAACGGUGAUGAGGACUCAGACGAGGACUGACAUUAUAUCACACA